GCGCGGUGGCCUGAGCGCGGCCGCCAUCGGUGACCCUGGCCAGGGACCUGCUCCAGCCUGGCCACCCCGCGUCUUGUGUUACCGUCUGUGUUGGGUAUUAAAUCAUGGGGAGGAAGCUGGACCUGUCUGGUCUGACCGACGACGAAACGGAGCAUGUCCUCCAGGUGGUUCAACGAGACUUCAAUCUUCGCAAAAAAGAGGAAGAACGGCUAAGCGAGAUGAAGCAGAAGCUGGCCGAGGAAGGCAGCAAGUGCAGCAUCCUCUCGAAGCACCAGAAGUUCGCGGACCACUGCUGCAUGCGCUGCUGUUCGCCCUUCACCUUCCUGGUCAACACCAAGCGCCGGUGUGCCGACUGUCAGUUCAACGUCUGCAAGAGCUGCUGCUCCUACCAGAAGCACGAGAAGGUGUGGAUCUGCUGCGUCUGCCAGCAGGCCAGGCUUCUGAGGACCCAGUCUCUGGAAUGGUUCUACAAUAACGUGAAGAGUCGCUUCAAACGCUUCGGCAGUGCUAAGGUCUUGAAGAACCUGUACAGGAAACACCGGCUGGAGAGCGGGGCGUGCUUCGAUAUUCUAGGAGGAAGCUUUUUCGAGGCAAACCUGGAGAAUGAAGGAAGUGUGUCAGGCAGUGAUUCAACAUUUUAUAGACAGUCUGAAGGACACAGCAUGAUGGACACAUUGGCUGUCGCCCUGCGGGUGGCUGAAGAGGCCAUCGAGGAGGCAAUUUCCAAAGCAGAAGCCUACGGGGACAGUCUGGACAAGCAGAAUGAGGCCAGUUACCUGCGGGACCACAAGGAGGAGCUGACGGACGAACUGGCCACGACCAUCCUGCAGAAGAUCAUAAGAAAACAGAAGAACAAAGGCGAGCAGCAAAUGGGAGAAGAGACAGAGUGGUCACAGCCCCAGAGCUGCAGUGCAGAGGCCGCUGACGAGGGGACCGCAGCCCCCCCGGGAGGCCCCCGAGCUCCCUCCACCCUCUGGCGAUCCCAGUCUGCGUUCUCACUCACCAGAGAAGAUGCCCCGAGGACCCCUUCGCUGGAGGCUACGUCAAGGCCGCCCAGGGGCCAGGACCAGCCACCGAGGGAGGAGGCGGCCUUGCCCAUCUGGAAGAGCGCGGACAGGCUGGACGACACAAACCUGGCCGAGGUUUUGCAGAGCCCCGACGGGAACUGGGUGGCCCUGAAAGAUGGCACUCUGCCGCCCACCCGCCUGCUGGUCAAGCCCAAGAGUGGCACGUUCCAGUCCCUGGAGGCAGCCUCCCGCGUGACAUCCGCCUACGAGGAGAUGGGCUCCGAAAGUGAGGAGGACUUUGACUGGAGUGAGGCCUUGAGCACACUGUGCCCGCGGCCCCCAGGCCUGCCCAGGAGCCCCCAGCCUCAGCCCACACAGGCCCAGGGUUCGGACCAAGGCCCCUCGGCCACCUCCGCCUCCUCCGGGCUCUCUCCCAACCCCGAGGCCAUGUGCUCCGACUCAGAGACGUCCUCUGCGGGCUCCUCCCGGGAAGCUGGACGCCGGGCCAGACUGUCCUGGUUGCAGAGGAAGGCCCCCAGGGACCCUGCCGCGGAGAAGAUACGCCUGCAGGGAGAGCUGGACGUGAACUUCAACCCCCAGGCAGCCAGCAGGGAGACCUCGGACAGCAGCGAGCCUGAGGAGAUGCCCCAGGCUGCGGACCGGAAGGCCAGGAGGUGGAGAAGGGCCCGUGUGGGCUCAGAGGAGCCGAGCGAGGAGUUGUCUUCUCCCAACGCCCAUUGCCAGGGGCCGGAUGCACAUCAGGCAUCCGGUGAUUUGUCCGAGACCGACACCAGCAACGACGCCAGGCACCCUCGGAGCCGGGCGGCCGCCACGGAAGAGAAACUGAGAAACAGGCUGUACGAGUUAGCAAUGAAAGUGAGCGAGAAGGAGACCUCUUCGGGGGACGAUCAGGAGUCGGAGCCCAAGACGGAGUCUCAGAACCCCAAGGAGAGUCUGUCCUCUGAAGACAACAGCCAGGGCGUCCAGGAAGAGCUCAAGAAGAAGUAUUCUGCUGUUUCUCUCUGCAACAUCUCCACAGAAGUCCUGAAAGUCAUCAACGCCACCGAGGAGCUGAUAGCAGAGUCCGCAGGGCCCUGGGAGUUCCCACCUGUCCCUCCCGACAGAGAGAAGGGGACAUUUCCUCUUGGGACAGACCAAGUGAGACUGGAUGAACAGCUGACUUCUCUGGAAGAAAACGUGUACCUGGCGGCAGGCACCGUGUAUGGACUCGAAGGCCAGCUGAGUGAACUGGAGGAUGCCGCCCGCUGCAUCCACAGUGGCACCGAUGAGACCGAACUGGCGGAUCUGGAGGACCAGGUGGCCACGGCUGCAGCCCAGGUUCACCACGCUGAGCUCCAGAUUUCUGAUAUUGAGAGCCGGAUUUCAGCCCUGACCAUUGCAGGAUUAAACAUAGCACCGUGUGUCCGCCUCACAAGAAGACGCGAUCAGAAGCAAAGGAACCAGGUGCAAACCAUAGACACAUCAAGGCAGCAGAGGAGGAAACUGCCUGCCCCACCAGUGAAAGCCGAAAACAUUGAGGCGUCUUCAGUGACCACCAUUAAAACAUUUAACCGCAACUUCCUUCUCCAAGGCUCCUUGACAAACAGGACUAAUGAAAGGAAAAGCACCACCAAGGAUUUGAUGGAGCCCAGUCUGGCGUCUGCUGUGAUGUAUUAGUGCCACGGAGCUCCACUGCCAGUGACCCACUGCCUCCGGCCGUACACGACAGUGCCUUGACCCAACAGCCAUCCAAUACUGUACCGAUUUCCACCCGAGGAGGGGGCCUGGGGGGGCCAUGGUGCACCACUGCACAGGGCUGUCCUGAUACCUCACCCAGAAAGCAGCCCCAGACUUGAGCACUGCGGUCUUGCCCACUCGCUGCCUUAGGCUCCCAGGGGAAUCCGAGACGGAAAACCGAGACGCUGGCUUCCAACAACAGAGCUCCCUGUUCAAAAGACGCAUCUUUUCCGUGUUCGCUUCGCUACUGUGUGUUGUCUUUAAGAUCUCUCUUUUUUUUAAUCCCUUUGAUUCAACUGAAAGUAUAUGUCAAUAGUUAUUCGUCCAAAGGAGAACCGUUGGGAGCUGGGGGGGGGGGGUGGAAAGAAGGGAGAUGGAGAUUAUCACUUAAUUCAUCACCAGUUCUUACUAAUCUCUCAAAACCACGUUUGCCCCACAAAUGCUAAGGAAAAAUGUGCAGAUGUCCCCGCAGUGAACAUCCGGACCGUCCCAUCUGGGGAGCGUGCACCCAGCAAGGAUGCAGGUCUCCCUUCAGCCGCCUCCUUCCUGGGAAGCUCCUAGCUACCCCUCUCCCCACACCACACGACCAUAACCAGUGGCCCAGUCAUUUCCAUCGCUUUGCAAUCACACACCACGGAAUGGAAAGUUCUGACUCACCCACGCCAGGCCCAUGUCUUUCUGAAUCGAGGUCUCAUGGAGAAUUUAGGGUUUCUCCUUGGACUCACUGACAGUUUCCCCACUGUGAAGGGGAGAGGAGCUUGAGAAAGCUCACCAUUGGCUUAACUUUGGGGCGCUGUCUGGAAUCCACGUGAUGCAGCUUAGUGAUGGCCGCGUCUAAAUGGAUUCUGACCACAUGAGAAAAUGUCCUCCGGAAUUUAUUUCCCAGUAGAUAAUUCGGCAAAAGUAGUAGGAUGACCUUAAAGGAAAAAAAUGGUUAAAGAAUAGCCUUGGAAAGCUCACAGGCAUGAAAAAAGCAAGGACAAACUGUGAGUUUAACAGACACACGAGCCGACACGUGCUCCACGUUUGCGGUCUCGAAGGCAUGACCGUGUAGAGUGUGCUUAUAAAAGCCAGUGGAGGGGCGCCUGGGUGGCGCAGUCGGUUAAGCGUCCGACUUCA